CGGGCCUGUGAAGACUUUCGUAGGUCCUCUUGGUUACAUUGUAUUUACCUUCCGUUAUAUAUCCAACAUUACUUGUAUUUGCCAGAAGAAUGAGGGUUAUCCUGCUUGCUGCAGUUAUCGCCAUCGCUGCUGGCAUGGCGUCCGCGACCGAUGCAGACCAAAAUUCAUGGGAUUUUAUGGUCCGAAAGACCGCUUCUUGUGCAAACGUCUACAACGCAACGAUUGAAAGCCCAUACUACAAAAAUAAUGCGGUGUGCAAGACCCAAGUUAUGCUAGCGCUCGAUACUUACAACGUCUCGAAGUGCCCUAGCACCGCAACUGGCAGCACGGUCUGGAAGUGCAUGAGCGGCUGGAACGGGACGGCCAUUAACCAAAAGCUCGUAAACGCGUGGACAAGCUUCCUCACUAGCUGUGAAGUCCUUUAUAUUGCUCAGCGAGUCAACACGGCUGAGAGCGAGGAUGGCUUCCAAUGGCUCGACAACUCCUGCUUCCCGCGGUUCACCAACUUGGCUGCAUUCAACACCUACCUGACUACAGCGCCCGGAAACAGUUCCACGACCCCCUCCCCGGCUAGCAACAGUGCGGGCAUGAAUGGCGUCAGCCUUCUUAAGAUUAUUUUCGGCGUCGUCGCGGCGUUCCUGUUCCUCUACCAUUAGCUCGGGAUGUGACGUAUUUACUAGCGAACUCAGGGUGUUUUAUAGUUACCCGUUGAUGUCUUUGACACUUUAACUUUAUGUCGCUUGCAUUGGCAUGAAGGGCCGGGCAAGGGGUUGUGGAUGGUGAUGUUGGUAGACGAAAGACGAUAGGGAUGGAGGAUGUCCAGCUAGCCUGAUGACAUUGCCAGCUGCGACACACGUCCUAUGCGGGCCAUAUAUACAUCUUGAACCCUGGAUUGUCAUGAUAGAACUCAAACCACCGUGUAUGUGGCUGGGGGCUUCACACCGGGUAUGUUGCUCUACACGUUUAGUGUGCUGUGAGCGUUACCAUCUUCGCAUUGUGGACGAUUCAUGCGUGAGCGUUAGGACCAUCUAUCAUGAGAGCAUCAUUAUCCUUGCCGGACAAAACGAAUGUGGCGUACAAUUAACUAACCGCCAUCAGUACCUCGUGGUACGGUACUGUAGCGGCUGUUUCGGGUGGUUACCGUCCCAGAUAGAUAUUUUGAGUGGAAGCUGUAGCUCAAUUGUGAAGGUGUAACACUUGGAACAAUGAGAAUUCGGAUCCUGGUGGUCUCCUUUUGCAGUUACAGUCCGUGCGCUUGCAUGCGAUGUCCAUGCAAUGUCCGUUGUCAGGG